AGCUAAGGGCACUGCUUUGAGCCCUGCCGGCCAGUUGCCGCCCAAAAGUUGUCAUAUAUAAACAGCUCUCUGGAAUCAAUAGCUUGCUCUUUGUUCAAGAUGGCUGAUAUCCAAGGCUAUCUCAUUCUUUUUCUUGUUUGGCUAGUCUCUGUGCGUUUUGGUCCGAGCAAUCUUCACCAAGAUACGGACUACGUACAUCAAAACUUCCACCAAACCCACUGGCCCUGCUGAUCAUUGGACCUCUCCACCUCCUUCCACCAAUACCUCACCAAGCUCUUUACAAGCUUUCAAUCCGAUAUGGACCCCUAAUGCAUAUCUUCCUUGGCUCUGUACCUUGUGUUGUUGCUUCCUCCCCUGAAAUGGCCAAAGAGUUCCUCAAAACCCGUGAGACAUCAUUCUCCAACCGUCCAAAAUUGGCUGCUGUUGACUACCUGACAUACGGAUCAGCUUCUCCUUUGCUCCUUACGGCCCUUAUUGGAAGUUCACGAGGAAACUGUGUAUGACUGAACUUCUUGGUGACCGGAUGUUACAUCACCUCCUUCCAGUCAGGCAUGAAGGGAUAAGGAAGUUUCUGCAGUUCAUGACAAGAAAAGCAAAUGGAGGUGAGACGGUUAAUGUUAGAAAACAGCUGAUACAGCUAACAAAUAACGUAGUGUCAAGGAUGAUGAUGGGUCAAACAUGUUCUGAUAAUGAAGAUGAGGCUGAACAGGUUAGGAAGUUGGUGCAAGCAACAGCUGAACUAACAGGGAAGUUUAAUCUGUCAGAAUUUAUUUGGUUCUGUAAGAACUUGGAUUUGCCAGGAUUCAGGAAACAGCUUAAGCAAGUUCGUGACAAGUUUGAUGAAAUUAAGGAGAAAAUUAUAGAGGAACAUGAGGAGGCAAGAAAAGCGAAGAAGGCAGUGAUGAUUCAGUUAAGGAUUUACUCCAUAUUUUACUUGAUAUAUCAGAAGAUGACAGCGCCGAGAUGAGAUUGACCAGAGAAAACAUAAAGGCCUUCAUCCUGGUAUGAGACGUUGACAUUCUCACUCCUUGCUUGCUUGCUCACAUACACGUACUGAAAGCUUCACCCUGAGAAAAUCUUGGCUAUCUAGCUUUUUCUCACACCCUCCCCGAGAGGCAAAGAUUUCUAACUGAAUCCAUGAAGUAGUGUUCCCAUGGUAAUUUUAUAAACAAAACUGACAUGU